AUGGCUGAGUUGCCCUCCAGCACAGUGCCUGUGGGCGUCGGCCUGAGAGGGGGUGUGGAGGCGACGGGGGCGGGGCCGAGGGAGAGGAGAGCGGCGGGGGAGCCGUACUGGGCCUACUCAGGAAGCCACGGACCUGCCAGCUGGGCGUCGACUUACCCAGAGUGCGCCGAGAAGAACCAGUCGCCAUUGGACAUCUCCGAUGGCGACGCGCGCGUCUCAAACGAAUGCCAGGAGCUGACGCUAGAAGGUUUCGACGUGCCCUCCUCCAACAAGACUACCAUGAAGAACACGGGCAAGACAGUCUCCAUCCAGCUGAAGGAUGAUUACUACGUCCAGGGGGCGGGGCUGCCGGGACGCUUCAAAGCUGAGAGGAUGGAGUUCCACUGGGGACACAGCAACGGGUCCGCAGGCUCCGAGCACAGCAUCAACGGACGCAAGUUUCCUGUGGAGAUGCAGAUCUACAUGUACAACCCAGACGACUUCGACAGCCUGAGUGCAGCCAUCCAGGAGAAACGCAUCAUCGCCGCCAUGUCUGUCUUCCUCCAGGUGGGGAGGAAGGACAACGUGGCCGUUGAGCCCAUCAUCACAGGCCUGAAGCGGGUGGUGCAUCACGAUAAGGAGACCUUUCUGGGCUCGUUUACGCUGCGUGAGCUGCUGCCGGUGUCUCUGGGUAGUUACUAUCGCUACACAGGCUCCCUGACGACCCCGCCCUGCAGCCGUGUGGUGGAGUGGAUUAUACUCAGCCAACCCGUAUACCUCUCACACACACAGUUGGACUCCUUCUACUCGAUCUUCACGACGGAGCAGCAGGACCACGUGAAGUCGGUGGAGUACCUGCGCAACAACCACCGCCCCCCGCAGGCCCUGGCCGGCCGGCCCCUCCUCAAGUCGGCCCUCACGGACGCCUGGGACGCACCGCCGGACCCCAUGAUGGACAGCCACAGCCAGGCCGGGCCCCUGGGCACCGAAGCCUCCAAAGUGUGCAGUAGCACCCCCAGCAACAUGAAGGUGUACAGCCUGAACAAGACGGCGUUGGUGGUGCAGUGGGACAGGCCGGCGGUCAUCUUCCACCCGCCGCUGCUCAGCUUCCUGGUCUCCUACAGCUGGGAGAAGGACAACCAGCCAUACGAGAAAACCUUCACCAAGAGCGCCGACCGCAACACCAGGGCAGUCAUAACACACGUGUCUUCAGACAUCCUGUAUCUGCUGCGGGUGCAAGCCAUCUGCCAGAAGGACCUUCGCAGCGACUUCAGCCAAACCUUACUCGUCAGAGGCAAUACCACCAGGAUGUUUGAGGGCUCCAGGAUAGUGAAGACGGGGAUGCCGGCGGUCUCCCCCGCCUCCCCGGCCGACAUGGCCCCCAUCAGCUCCGGCUCCUCCACCUGGACCGCCUCCUCCGGCAUGCCCUUCUCCUCCUUCGUCUCCAUGGCGACCAGCAGCAUGGGCGCCCCGUCCAGCGGGGGGCAGCAGCAGGCCACGGUGGCCUCGGUGGUGACCAGCACUCUGCUGGCCGGCCUGGGCUUCAGUGGCGGGGUCCUCUCCUCCCUGCCCGGUGGAUCCCUGUGGCCGCCCCCCACCCAGGCCUCCUCCUCCUCCAUCUCCGCCUCCUCCUCCGCCUCCGCCCCCUCCGGCCCUGCCGCCUCUGGACCGGCCGCCUCUGCUCCUCCACCACCUCCACCUGCGCUGGCCUCCAGUCCCCCUGGGCCCACACGCCAGGCUGCCGCUGCUCCACAGGCCACAGCCUCUCCGGAGACGUCCACGUCCGACUCCAACGCCCUGACUGUCUCCGAGGGAAACGGCGUGUCCGUCCAGGACGGGGAGGAGGAGGAGAAGAAGAAGAAGAAGAAGAACGAGGAAGAGGAGGAUGAGAAAGAGGAGGAGGAGGAAGAGGAGGAAGACGAGGAUGACAAAAAAGGAGACGACAGGAAAGAGAAGAAGAACAAGUCGGAGGCAGAGCUGGACAAAUCCAAGUCCUCCAAAGACACCUCCUCCUCUGCCCUGCCCACCGCCACCUCCAGGGGGCAGGAGAGUGGUGAUGGUGGCGGCGGAGGAGGAGGAGCAGUAGCAGGCCCUGCAGCGCCACCUAGCGGCCCGGAGGAGCAGCUGGAGCAGAUGACGGCGCGCCCGGCUCGCCCGGCGCUGGGGGAGCGCUCCACCGUGGCCACGCCGCCGUGGGAGGAAGUGGAGGUGGAGAACGGCACGGCGGCCGACAUGCAGCUGUCCAGCAGCAGCCCCGCUACGCGCUCCCCCCCGCGCAUCAUCAGCAGCAGCAGCGACCUCGACCGCAGCAUCAACCGCGCUCCCUGGCCCUUCGACGUCCACCACACCGAAGGGGGCAGCCUGCUGAACGUGACCCGCAGCUCGUUGUCCGUGCCGGGCAUGAUGGAGUGGCUGAUGCCCCUGACCGUGGUGUCUGUUCUCACCUUCUUCUGCCUGCUGCUGCUGCUCAUGGUACUCGUCCACUGGAGGAGGUUUUUCCAGAGUGGCCAGUUCUUCGUGGAGGACAGCGGCUCCCCCCGCCUGGUGUCCAGCGAGAGCUUCCCGGUCUUAUCUAUAGAAGAUGAGGCGGACGCGGUCUCCAUCAGCCAGUUCCUUAAGCAGGUCAUGGAGCUGUACUCCAACAACCAACGAGGGUUCGCAGAGGAGUUUGAGGAGGUCCAGCACUGCACAGCGGACAUGAAGCUGGUGUCCGAGCACACCAAUCACCUUGACAACAAGCACAAGAACCGAUACAUCAACAUCGUUGCCUACGAUCAUAGCCGGGUGAAAUUACAGCCACUGUCUGGAAAGGACUCCAAACACACCGACUACAUCAAUGCCAACUAUAUAGAUGGCUACAGAAGAGCAAAGGCCUAUAUCGCCGCCCAGGGCCCUUUGAAGGCCACCUUUGAAGACUUCUGGAGGAUGGUGUGGGAACAGAACACGGGCGUCAUCGUCAUGAUCACCAAUCUCGUGGAGAAAGGAAGGAGGAAAUGUGACCAGUACUGGCCCAAUGACAACAGUGAGGAGUAUGGCAAUAUCGUGGUGACACUGAAGAGCACUAAAGUCUUUGCCUGCUACACAAUCAGACACUUUGUUAUACGAAACACCAAAGCAAAGAAGGGCCAGAAGGGGCGUCAGCAGGAGCGUGCGGUGGUGCAGUACCACUACACCCAGUGGCCCGACAUGGGGGUGCCCGAGUACACGCUGCCCGUCCUCACCUUCAUCUGCCGCUCCUCCGCCGCACAGACCACACGCAUGGGGGCCGUCCUCGUACACUGCAGUGCCGGGGUGGGGCGGACGGGCACCUACAUCGUCAUCGACAGCAUGCUGAAGCAGAUGAGGGACAAGUGCUCGGUCAAUGUCAAGGGCUUCCUGAAACACAUCCGCACCCAGCGCAACUACCUGGUGCAGACAGAGGAGCAGUACGUCUUCAUCCAUGACACCCUGAUGGAGGCCAUCUUGGGGGCGGAGACUGAGGUGCCCUCCUGGCAGCUUCCCGCCUACAUCGGCAACCUGCUGACGCCCGACAUGAGCUACCGCUCCCUCAUGGAGAGGCAGUUUAAACUGGUGAUGCAGUGCAAUGCUCAUUUUGUCGACUGCUUCAGUGCGCAGAAGGACUACAACAAGGAGAAGAACCGCAACUCUUCCGUGGUGCCCUCGGAGCGGGCACGGGUUGGAUUGGCCCCUCUUCCUGGGUCCAAGGGCACGGACUACAUCAACGCCUCCUACAUCAUGGGUUAUCACCGUAGCAACGAGUUCAUCAUUACCCAGCAUCCUUUGCCCCACACCACCAUGGACUUCUGGAGGAUGAUCUGGGACCACAACGCUCAAGUCAUCGUCAUGCUGCCCGACAACCACGGCCUGACUGAGGACGAGUUUGUGUACUGGCCGAGCCGAGAGGAGGCCAUGAACUGUAUGGCGUUCACUGUCACGCUGAUCAGCAAGGACCGGCUGUGCCUUUCCAGCGGGGAGCAGAUCUUCAUCCAUGACUUCAUCCUGGAGGCUACGCAGGAUGACUAUGUGUUGGAGGUGCGCCACUUCCAGUGUCCAAAAUGGCCUGACCUGAACGCCCCCGUCAGCAGCACGUUUGAACUGGUUAACAUCAUAAAGGAGGAGGCCCUCACCCGCGAUGGACCCACUAUUGUCCACGAUGAGUAUGGGGCGUUUUCGGCGGGCCUGCUCUGCGCCCUCACCACCCUGUCGGAUCAGAUGGAGAGCGAGAACGCCGUGGACGUGUACCAGGUGGCCAAGAUGAUCAACCUCAUGAGGCCCGGCGUCUUCACCGACAUUGAGCAGUAUCAGUACCUUUACAAAGCUAUGCUCAGCUUGGUCAACUGCAACGCGAAUGGACUCUGGUCGUCAUACACAGAGAGGAAUGGCAUUGCAGUUAUCACAGACCACCCUGCAGUCAGCAUGGAGUCCCUCGUCUGAGCUGCGUGCAAAAGAGAACCACACUCCUUGUCCUGAGGCCUUUUUUCUUCAGAAUACUGGGGUCCGUUUCUCGAUUCUUGUCGUUGCUAACCGUCUUAAGAUCGUCUUAAGACGCAACACCAUUCCCUUGGAUUUAGUGAUGAUCGUCGCUGUCGAGAGAGAGUUGAGUCGCUCUUACGAAGGACGUUGCUACCGUCGUUAGCAAAGACGCUUUCGAGAUACGGACCCCUGGUCAAAUAAAAAACAAAAAAAACUAAACUAAAACCCAGUGACUUUUUAUACAGAUUAUACAGAUGAAAGGAACUUUUUUGAUAUUUAUUUUUGCUGCUUUUUGUUAAUCUGCUGAUUGUCUGUAUCUGUUGUACUUUGUUCACAAAAACAAAAAAUGCAGCUCUGUCUAUUUUGCACUAUACUGUCAGUGUUACUGCCUAUACAUGGUCUACAACUUACAGACUGUGAUGUCCUCCAAAAAAAAGCGUUGAGUGAGCUAGGGCUGCACAAUGAAUUGAAAAUAAUCUAAAAUCGUGAUAAAAUCGUGAAAUCGAAGUCAUGAUUUGAAUCGUGAUUUAAUUGUGGCAAUAGUAACCUACCUUUGAGAGCGUCCUUGAAGCCGGAACAUACUGACAGGCUGGUGUUUCUGAACAGGAAACUGUCCACCUAAGUUUCAUGCUAUUGCCUUUACAUAAUUAUUACAAUUCAUUUUAUUUUGCUCAUCCUGUGUAUAAUUCAUUAUUGGUUAUAUUUCAUGUUGUUAUAAUUUUCAAAAAAAUCUGUACAAAAUGAAUAAUCGUGAUUACUAAUCGUGAUUAAGAUUUUGACCAACAUAAUCGUGAUAAUGAUUUUUUUCCAUAAUCGUGCAGCCCUAGAGUGAGCUGGGUCAGCCUGUAGUGCCCAUCCCUGGUGGACACUGGACUCUCACUGGAGCCCACGCUGCGAACACUGGUCAAAGAAGAGAAGAUGAAGAGGACUACUGGUCAAAGAAGAGAAGAUGAAGAGGACUACUGGUCAAAGAAGAGAAGAUGAAGAGGACUACUUCUCAUGUUCUCUCUCUCUUUAACUCCCUCUCUCUCUCUCUCUCUCUCUCUCUAACUCUCUCUCUCUUUAACGCUGUCUCUCUCUCUCUCUCUCUCUCUCUUUAACUCUCUCUUUAACUCCCUCUCUCUCUCUCUCUAACGCUCUCUCUCUCUUUCUCUCUCUCUUUAACUCUCUCUCUCUCUCUCUAUCUAUCUCUCUCUCUCUCUCUUUAACGCUCUCUCUCUCUCUCUCUCUAUCUCCCCCUCUCUCUCUCUCCAUCUCCCCCUCUCUCUCUCUCCCUCUCGCUCUCUCCCUCUCUCUCUGUCUUUAACACUCUCUCUCUCUCUCUCUCUCUCAUCCCUGAGUACCCUUCAGCACAACACAGCUUUGCGGCAGAGCACAGCGUUCUCUCAGUAUGCUACUGAUUUGAUCUGAUAUCCCCCCCCCCCCCCACCCUGUGGGGAGACCCCGCAUUUCAGUUCAAUGUUGUGUUUCAUCAUUUCAAUAGACUUUGAGGUAUAAAAUUAUGACCUGAUAUUAUCAGAAUGGUAACACUUUAUUUUAGGGAUACAUCUAUUAGCACUAAUACAUACAAUGUUCCUGUAUAAGUUUGUAACUUAUAAACUUGUAAGGCAUGUACAAAGCAAAAUCAAACAUUUGUUAGGCAUGUAUUCGCAAAUGUCUUGUUCAUGCACAAUAAGGGAUUUAUUACCAAUUUAACCUUAGUAAGGACCUAGUAGGCCUUAGUGUUUGCUUAGUACAUACCUUACAAGUUACUUGUGCAGGCAUUAACGUUGCAUGUAUUACUGCUCAUAGAUGUUUCCCUAAAAUAAAUUGUUACCAUAAGAAUGUAUAAGUCUCACUUUCCAAGUUGGGAGCCCCAAAGGAAGGGGCCCCCUUUGGGUUGAUGAGUGUCUCCUUUUGUCCUUAAUUUUAUUUUGAUAUUUAUUUCAAAUAACAUGUUUCAUUUUAUAUCUAACUUAUAAAUGUUUUUUUUCUAAUUAGUAUUAUAACACAUAGUAUGGACUCUCCUGUUUUAUGGCAAAAGUUCGGUUGUUUUGUAAAUAUAAAUAUAUUGAUCAUGUCUACCUGUAUUUUGUACAUUUCAGCUGUGCCCUGUUCCUUUCU